CCCAUUUGAUUCCAAUCCCCCCUUCCUGAGCUUGAAACAAUAAACCCCAGAAAACCAAAACCCCACUUUUAAGUUAAUUGCUGUGAAUAAUCAUCAGUUAGCUGUUUCACAAAAAUUCAGAGGUGGUUUUUCUCAGAUUUUGUGGGGAAGACAAUGAAAGUCAAGCUCUUGCGUAUCCUUCUCAUAAAUGUGGUGCUUUGUGUGAUAUCAUUAUUAGUUUAAUGUAUUGAUUUGAUUUCACAAUUACAGAAAGAUAUGCUUUUUAUUAGUUUCUCUUUGGGAUAUCUUAUAUGGGUUGAGCCGUUGAGGCAACUGGGGGCUUGGGUGAAUUAUGUGAAUCAAAUUUGAUACACAAUCUUACCCUUAUUGAGUAACUCCCAAGGUUGCUGAGCAAUAACUUUUGUUAUGUCUCUGAUAUUCUGUCUGAUUCAGCAUUGUCUUGCAAUCGAAUCUUUCUUGGACAAUUGUUACUGUUUCUGGAAGACAUAAUUUGUUUUAUGAGUAAAUUUGAGGUAAUUAUGGAUUAAAGAUGUCAUUUUUAUUGCGUUUAGCUUUCUACUGUCAGUGAUCUUUUCCAUGAGAAUAUUAUUUGCCUUUUUAAAAUGUUGGGACUGAUCCUGUUACUGGGAGGGAAAUCUUCAGUGUUGUUUCAAUGUUUAAAUAUUAUUUUGAAUAUAUUUGUUCCCAAUUUGACAUUUUGAGCUUUCUGAGAAAACAGUUUUCUCUUGACUUAUCUUCUUUCUGGUUGUUGACCACUGCUUCCAAACAGAGUAUGUUCUCUUUAUCCUUUGCAUAUCUGUUUUGUUUCAAGUGUUGUGAGCUUGGAAUUAAACAUCUGAUACAGGCUAAUGAGUGGCAUGCUGUUGCAUCGUGGACUUGGGAUGCUCAAGAUGAAACAUGUGGGAUCUGUAGGAUGGCCUUUGAUGGCUGUUGUCCUGAUUGUAAACACCCUGGAGAUGAUUGCCCCUUAAUUUGGGGUGUAUGCAACCAUUCCUUCCAUCUUCAUUGCAUCUUGAAAUGGGUAAAUUCACAGACUUCUCAAGCACAUUGUCCCAUGUGCCGUAGAGAAUGGCAGUUUAAAGGAUGAAGAAAUCUACUUCCAUCCCAAUUUUUUUUUCCCUUUUUCUUUGUUGUUGUCACUAUUAUUCCUUGUUGGUAUCUUUCUUCUGCAGUGAACCAUAGAAAGAUCAACUUCAGGUUUUCUUUACGUUUUGUUCUUUUAACAAUUGUUCCUGUAAUAUUCAAUAUCAUAUUAUUGCAACUCUUGUCAUUUCUGGAUGUGAACAUUUGGAGUUUGUUAAUAAUAUGUAAUAUCAGAGAUUGAUCUUCCUAUUUA